UGGGAUGGUGAGCCCCCAGAUCCAAGCACUGCAGGGUGGACAGAGGAGCCCUGUGUGGCCCUGGUUGGGCCCUCCCCACUGUGGCCCGGCACCACCCCUCUCCUCACUGCACUAAAGCCACACAGCUGGCGGGGGUGGGGGGUCCGAGCCUGGGUCCUGAUGCAGCCCUGGGACCCUGCCAGCUCUGGCUUCGGCCGACACAGCCGGCUGGCCCUUGUCUCCACUCUGCUUCCUGGGUUGGAGAAGCAGGCACUCCUGUGUUGCCCCACAGCCGUUCUUUAGCCUCCCCGUGGUGCCCGAACAUGGGGGCCCCACGUGUCCCCGAGCGGACUGUGCUCUUCCAGCGCGAGAGGAGCGGCCUGACGUACCGUGUGCCCGCGCUGCUGUCUGUGCCCCCUGUGCCCACCCUGCUAGCCUUUGCGGAGCAGCGGCUCAGCCCUGAUGAUGCCCAUGCCCACCGCCUGGUGCAAAGGAGCGGCACGCUGGCUGGGGGCUCUGUGAGGUGGGGUGCCUUGCGUGUGCUGGCGACAGCGGCCUUGGAGGAGCACCGGUCCAUGAACCCCUGCCCGGUGCAUGACGCCCACACGGCUACCAUCUUCCUCUUCUUCAUCGCGGUGCGGGGCCACACGCCCGAGGCCACGCAGAUCGCCACCGGCAGGAACGCCGCUCGCCUCUGCUGCGUGACCAGCCGGGACGCGGGGCGCAGCUGGGGCGCGGCCAGGGACCUCACGGAGGAGGCGGUGGGCGGCGCAGAGCAGGACUGGGCCACAUUUGCCGUUGGCCCGGGCCACGGCAUCCAGCUGCGCUCCGGCCGCCUCCUGGUGCCGGCCUACACCUACCGCGUGGACCGGAGGGAAUGCUUCGGCAGGAUCUGCAGGACCAGCCCCCAUGCCUUCACCUUCUACAGUGACGACCACGGUCGCACCUGGCAUCGUGGAGGCCUUGUGCCCAACCUUCGCUCGGGCGAGUGCCAGCUGGCUGCGCUAGACGGUGGGCAGGCGGGCGGCCUCCUCUACUGCAACGCCCGGAGUCCCCUGGGCAGCCGCGUGCAGGCACUCAGUACAGAUGAGGGUGCCUCCUUCCUGCCCGGGGAGCUCGUGCCGGCACUGGCUGAGACCGCCUGGGGCUGCCAAGGCAGCAUCCUGGGCUUCCCUGGCCCGCUCCACUCUCUAAGGGUUGAGAGAUGGUUGGCAGGUGCCAGGAACCACCCCCAGUCCCCACGCCUCUGUCCCGGAGUCUGGCAACCCUCAGAGGAGGGUAUUACAGACACCCAAGGGGACCAAGGGCUCAGCGGGAUGGAGGGAUGUAGGUCCAGCCCUCAGGAGCCUGGCCUGGGGCCUGGGCUCAGUGGGACCAGGGGCGCCUGGGCCCCAAGACUCCCUUGGCUCCCUGCUACCCUGUCUCAGAGCCCCACCUGGCUCCUGUAUUCCCACCCGGUGGGACGCAGGGCUCGGCUCCACAUGGGAAUCCAUUUGAGCCGGUCCCCCCUGGACCCCCACAGCUGGACGGAGCCCUGGGUGAUCUAUGAGGGCCCCAGUGGCUACUCUGACCUGGCCUCCAUCGGUCCCACCCUCAAGGGAGCCCUGAUCUUUGCUUGUUUGUAUGAGAGUGGGGCCAGGGUCUCCUACGAGGAGAUCUCCUUCUGCAUGUUCUCCCUCGCUGAGGUCCUGCAGAAUGUGCCGGUGGGCCCCAAACCUCUCAGCCGCGGGGGUAAGCCUCAGGAGCGCUGCCGGCCUUCCUGA